AAUACUCAAUAACCCUAAUUUACAAGGCGAGCGUGGGUUUAUACCUGUGUCAAAGUAUGAUAUCGGUCAACUUGUCAUAUCUUUUAUUCAAUUAGGUUUCGUGGGUUUCCUGUUGGGUUGGAGACUAGAAGAAUAUGACGAUCCUUAUGACGAUAGCAAAAAAUAUGGUCUUUACUGGGUAAUUGGUGCGAUAGGUCUAUUCUUUUCAUGGUUUUAUAUUGUUACUUUAAUUGCAUGUCACUUUAUGACACGAAAAAAUCAAACUCAAUAUGCGUUCAUUAGGCAACUUCUAUUACUCUACGCGCUUUUUGCAAUAAUUUCAUGCGUAAAUCUUCGUUCCGUAAUUAAAUCCCCCCAAAAAAAUUCAAGUUAUGAACUAGUUUUUGCAAUAUGGAAUGCUACUGCAUGUUGCAUGUUAUUUGUUUUCUCCAUCAAAAGACCGAGAAAUCCUGAUUUGAAAUAUGCGAGAAAUAGAGUUAUAUCUCAUGAUACAAUUGCAUCACUUUGGUCAUUAACUACUUUCUCAUGGAUGACGCCAAUGAUAAAAUUAGGUAACUUGCGUAAUCUCACAGAAGAUGAUUUAUGGGAAUUACCUUCUAGGUGUCAAGCUGCUCAAUGUUAUUAUGAAUUAGAUCG